AUCUCUUCCACUCCCGCCCCUGCCUCCCGUACAAUUAGUGGGCCCAGUAGUUCCUUCCUCCCUUGCUGCUAUCUUGCAGAUUGCUCCUCCCACUUUGUUUAGACAAUACCUAACGGCAGCCUCACGUACCUUAGGUAUAUGUGUGCAGGUAAUCACUACCUCAUUAAUCACUACAUAUACCCGUGUACUUUUACUUCAACUAUCCCGAUCCGCACAUCAUUAUUACGGAUCAAUUAUUAACCUUAUUUAAUACAGAUCUAUCUACCCUUUCGAGUCGAUAUCUUCAGUCAGCAACAAUGUCGAAACUAUUCAUCGGCGGGCUCGCAUGGCACACUGAAGAUACCACGCUCAGACAGAAGUUUGAAGAAUUCGGUCCCGUUGAGGAAGCGGUCGUCGUCAAAGAUCGCGACACUGGUCGAAGCAGAGGCUUUGGAUUUGUCCGAUACGUGAACGAGGAAGAUGCACAGAAAGCUAUUUCGGGCAUGAACAACGUCGAAUUCGAUGGACGAUCUAUCCGUGUCGAUAGAGCAUCUGAUACUGGUCCUCGAGGCGGUGGCGGACGGGGUGGUGCGUACCCGCCUAGGGGUGGGUACGUACAGCAACCUCAGAUGCCCUACGCCGCUGGCCAGCAGGUUGCCUACGGGAUGCCGAACCAGGUGAUGUACCCACCGGCCUACGGACGCGGAGGAGGUUACCCGCAGCCCGGUUACGGAACACCCCCGCCUCAAGGUUAUGCACCCUACGGCUAUCCGGACCAGCAGCAAGCGGGUCAACAGCCUCAGCAUCAACAGCAACCGCCUCAGGGGCAGCCGCCGUACCAGUAGAACUACUGUGAGCGACACAGGGGGGUCUCGAUCCAAAUCCCAACACCAACAUUAUGCAGAGUUGGCAUCUACUAGAAAACUGGCCCAAAAGGCACGCUCGUUAUCGGUGAAAUUGGCGCUUGGAGGUCUGAUGUUCCCACAACACCCUUGACACUCCUUAU